CUCCAAACUGUUGUGUCAUUAACUCGCUAAAAACAUUUAUUACCCGAUUUCCACCGUCCCUGGAAAUUCGACGCCAUUCUCUUAUCCAAUAAUGGCCGCCCAAAUCCAAGCAUCAUCGUCUCCAUCACCUCACCCACCGAAAUCGAUCAAAUCCAUAUCCAGAUCCCCCGCCCUCACCUCCAUCCCUCCCGCCUACAUCUUCCCUUCUUCCCCGCCGCAUCCCGCCGCCGAUCAGAGCGCUCCCGUCGGCCAAAUCCCCACCAUCGACUUCUCGCCGCUCCUCUCUUCCUCCCCCGACCGCCGCUCCGGAACCGUCGCCGACCUCCGCGCCGCCUGCCGCGACUGGGGGUUCUUCGUGGUGACCAACCACGGCGUCCCUGACGGCCUGAUCGCGGCGAUGAUCGAAGCCGGCAGGAAAUUCUUCGAGAUGGCGGAGGAGGAAAAGGAAGAGUACAGGGGAGGGGAGAAGGGGGUUUUGGAACCGAUUCGGUGUGGGACCAGCUUCAAUUCCUCCGUGGAGAAGGUUUUCUGUUGGAAGGAUUUCUUGAAGGCGUUUGUUCAUCCCGUUUUCCACUCGCCUUCCAAGCCGCCUGGAUUCAGACGAUCGAGCAGCCAAGUGUUGGAGGAGUACUCCAAGAGAACAAGGGAAGUGGCCAGAGAACUGCUGAGAGGGAUAUCAGAGAGCAUUGGCCUGGAGCCCGAUCACAUCGCCAAGAAGCUUGAUCUGGAGCAAGGAAUGUUCCAGCUUCUCGCCGCGAAUUUCUACCCGCCCUGCCCACAGCCGGAGCUGGCAAUGGGGAUGGCACCUCAUUCCGACCACUGCCUCCUCACCCUCUUGACCCAGAACGGGAUCGACGGCCUUCAAGUUCAGCACCAUGGCAACUGGGUCGACGUCACGAAUCUCAGCCCCAACUCUUUCCUUGUCAACGUUGGAGACCAGCUCGAGAUAUUGAGCAAUGGGAAGUACAAGAGCGUGCUUCACAGAGCGAUGGUGAACAGAGAGGCGACGAGGAUCUCGAUCGCAAUGGCUCAUGGACCGUCUCUGGAUUCAGAAGUUGCGCCGUCGCCGGAGUUGCUAGGCGAGGAGGAGGGAACUACGCAGCUGCCGGCGUAUAAGGGGAUGAAAUACAGAGACUACUUGCUGCUUCAGCAGAGCAAACAACUUGAUGGCAAGUCUGGCUUGGAUGUGGUUAGAGCUUGAUGAUCAGCUACAAUUUAAUUACUUAUAUCUUUGUAAUUAAGGUUGGUGUGUUUUGUAAAUAGGGUUUUUACGAGGAAUGUACCUUAGUAUAAAAUGUAUAUCACUCAAUAAUGUAACAAAAUAUUGACCCUUUCCAUAUAAUUCUCAAAAAUCGGUGGAUAAUUUCAAUGAAAA